AACUUAUCCCCAAAGAUGAAUUAUCAAAACGAACAAAACGCCUAUCAAAUGCAGAAUCAGGAAAAUGUUCCACCGAUGAGUUACGGGUACCCAAUGCCAACUCCGGAGCAAUUCCAAAAAAUGAGUUACGGGCAGAACUUCCAAGCUCCAUGGGAUAUGCAGCAGCAGAUUCAGAUGUUUCAGCAAUAUCACCAAAAUUUCCAAGGAGGAUAUUCGGACCCAUUCACCUACCAGAAUCAGUAUGCACAUCAGCCAAAAAUUGUGACGGUCACUUUGCAGGACCCACAGGACCUCUGGAAGGAGCUUCAUUAUUUGAGUAAUGAGCAGAAUGUGCUUAAUAAUGGGAGAAAAAUCUUCCCAGCCCUCAACUACAAAGUCGAGCAUCUCAAUCCAGAAUCCAACUACAAAGUGGAAAUUUUGCUCCGCCGAAUGGUCCCCUAUCAGAUUCAAUAUUCAAAUGGAAGCUGGUCCCGGAAGAAUGUACAGAGCAAGAAGACUAUUGCAAUGAAAACAGAAAAAGUAUUUGUUGGAGAGUUCACUGGACAAGAUAUCAUGCGUACCGGCUUGGAUUUAUCAGAUGUGAAGGUGUUUAAUAUUGGAAGUGAUAAUAAGAAGAAAGUGACUCCAUAUGAAGAGAUGAGUGACGCAGAGAAACGAGAGUAUGAUACUCAGUAUUCGAAGAAGAAGACCUCCAUGCUCGAGGUAUCAAAUGAGUGCAAGUACAUCCCGGUACUCAUCAUCAACGAGAUUCUACCAAAUCAAGAGCUUCGAUUGGUUGGGGAAUUUGAGAACGAGAUUACCCAAUUUGCGACAGUUUCUUCAUACAAGAACCACAUCGUAAAAGCCUUGCGCACAGCCGCCAACCCAACUUCUCGCGGAGACGCCAAACAGGAAGCCGUUCAGGUCGGAAAGCAAUGGAGAUCAUCCAACAAGUCCUUGCUGGAAUCCCUCAGACCAUCUAUGAUUUGCACCAGUGUCUCCACAACUGCUCCAAGCACCAAUUUCCAUGCUCCACUGCAGUACCCCGGCACCUCAUCCCCAUCCAGCAACUUUGCUCCAAUGACACCUUCCACGUCAUUCGACUCGGCGUACAGUUCCUUCAACGUGACGUCAUCAACUCCAGAACAAAUGUGCUACAAUCCGAUUCCUUCAAUGUCAACUGACUACUCAUUUUGCUCAUUCGACUCUGCGACAUCAUCACCGCCACUUCAGCCAACAGCCACGUCACCAGAGGCUUCUCAAAAUCAGAUUAAACUUGAAAUGAACCAAUACAUGUAAUUAUUAAUUAUUAUCUCACUAUUAACUUUUUCCUUCAAAAACGUUGUCAAAAAAGCAACUUGUCGAUUUCUAUGUUGAAUAACCGUUUUCUUUCCGCUUUUUUCUUAUUUCAGUGUUUUUAUCUAGCCAACUUCAAUAAUUUCAUCGUCCCGUGUUGCUUUUUUUUUUAAAAUAAACUUCAUUUUUGAAU